AUGCGGGUUGAGAUGCACCCGCUGCCUUGUGUUUAUAGCCGGCCCAACGAAGCUUCCUUAUACGCCCUCCACAACGAUGAACGCCUCGUCUACAUCUCCUACGACCUGAUCAGGCUCCAUCAAGAGAAGAACGUUCUGUCGAAAGGGCUUGCAGACUGCGUCACGUACCUGAAAGCGCUGCGCGAGAAGCAAGCCAACCAUGCAUGCAGAAUCAGCGCGAUGCCAGUUGCAUCGCAGAAGAAGAGGAAGAGGAUGCAGCAGACUAGACGCCACCUUGACAACGAGAUCAAGAAUCGAGAGAGAGAUGAGGAGGCGUUCCUCGAUAAUCUACAGACUUGCGAGGCCAACAUCUUCCUUACGAACAUGAAAGCAUACCACGCGGGCAACGCAUCACAUUAUGCAACUGAACUCGCAUCACAUUAUGUGACUGAGCUCGCAUCACAUCAUGCAACUGAGCUCGCAUCACAUCAUGCAACUGAGCUCGCAUCACAUCAUGCAACUGAGCUUGCAUCACAUCACGAAACUGAGCUCGCAUCACAUCACGCAGCUGAGUUUGCAUCUACGCCAACUCCAUCUGCUCCGACGCUGUGCUCCUGCUCCGAAUCGGAGAGCACGGAUCUUACCUGGGAUGGCUGGACUGACGAGGCUGCGGCUUCGCCGUUGCAGAAGCGGAGCAGCAAUCCUCUCUUCGUUGACGACGUUGCUCCCGAUGCAUGCCUACGAGAAGCCAGGCGCUCGUCCGUGCUUGCCAAGCGGCCUCCUCGACUGUCUCGAGACGCAGCCGAGCUACCCGAGUCGAUCCCGGUGCCGCCGAACACAGGGCAGUGGCGGAUGACAUGCUCAUCCAUGCUCGAUGCUGCUGCAGCCGUCUUCCGACCUAGCUGUGGGAGAGAUCCCGCCGCCCAGCUCAGAGGUUGUUCCGAGUCCAAGUUGAACGUGUCCAGCACCUCGAUUCCUAUGGCUACGAGCUGUGCAGAGCUCGUGCAGAAGCGACGUGUCACUGCUGCAGACACUCCUCGCACUCUGCGUGGGUCGUCCAUUGACGGCCGACCCGUGUCAGCAGAUGUGGCUGAUCGGAUAAGUCGCAGCACGAGCCCGCAGCAAAGUCUACAAGAGGCAAGGAGACGGCAGAUGAGCAGGCAGAGGACGAAAUCGGUUUAA